UUAAGAGCACGAACGAAUGAUUAUCCCGCUUUUCCCAAAAUUAGUUAUUUACAGAAGUGUGCCGUUUUCCACCCAUCGUCACUCGUGACUCGGCCUUUUCUCUUUGCUCUCUUUCCGUCGGUUUCCAGCUUCUGUCCCCAACUAAUUUCCUCGCGCCUCCCUCUCUGCGUAUAUUCGGAAUCGGUAAGGGAUUGCGGUUGACGGAGGAACGGAGACUCUGAGAGCGGUAGCUCUUCAGCCGGAGAGUUUGAGGGCCGAAUGGUAGCCAAAGGCGGCGGAAUGAGCGGCGCGGCGAUGGAAGGAGGUGGCGCUGCUGGUGCCGACGGUGGUGGAGGAAUGGAGUUGAAGAAGAUAAAGAUUGGAGUCUGCGUGAUGGAAAAGAAGGUGUCUUCUGCUCCAAUGAAACAGAUUCUGGACAGGUUACAAGCGUUUGGCGAAUUUGAGGUUAUACAUUUUGGAGAUAAGGCUAUUCUUGAAGAUCCAAUCGAGAGGUGGCCUAUAUGUGACUGUUUAAUUGCCUUCUACUCCAGUGGUUAUCCCCUUGAAAAGGCAGAGGCAUAUGCUGCCUUAAGAAAGCCUUUCGUAAUAAAUGAAUUGGAGCCGCAACACUUACUUCAUGACCGAAGGAAAGUAUAUGAGCGUUUGGAAAGGUUUGGAAUCCCUGUUCCUAGAUAUGCCUUUGUGAAUAGAGGAUUUCCAUACCAAGAGCUUGAAUACUUUGUUGAGGAAGAAGAUUUUGUUGAGGUUCAUGGUCAACGCUUCUGGAAGCCUUUUGUAGAAAAGCCAGUUCAUGGGGAUGACCAUAGUAUCAUGAUAUAUUAUCCCAGUUCUGCUGGUGGAGGCAUGAAGGAACUUUUCAGGAAGGUCGGAAACCGCUCCAGUGAGUUCCACCCAGACGUAAGAAGAGUAAGGCGUGAAGGAUCAUACAUAUACGAAGAGUUUAUGCCAACUGGUGGAACAGAUGUCAAGGUAUAUACUGUUGGUCCUGAGUAUGCACAUGCUGAAGCGAGGAAGUCUCCAGUAGUUGAUGGUGUUGUAAUGAGAAAUCAUGAUGGCAAGGAGGUGAGAUAUCCGGUAUUGUUGACACCUAACGAGAAGCAAAUGUCACGAGAAGUUUGCCUUGCAUUUAGGCAAGGGGUAUGUGGAUUUGAUCUUCUGCGUUGUGAAGGACGUUCAUAUGUUUGUGAUGUGAAUGGGUGGAGUUUUGUGAAAAAUUCUUACAAAUACUAUGAUGAUGCUGCAUGUGUCUUGAGGAAGAUGUUCCUAGAUGCUAAAGCCCCUCACUUAUCAACUACAAUUCCACCUACAUUACCAUGGAAAGUCAAUGAACCAGCUCAACCUACUGAAGGACUAACUCGGCAAGGAAGUGGAAUUAUUGGAUCAUUUGGGCAGUCUGAGGAGCUUCGCUGCGUCAUUGCUAUUGUCCGGCAUGGUGAUAGAACUCCGAAGCAGAAGGUGAAGUUGAAGGUCACUGAGGAAAAGCUAUUGAACUUGAUGUUAAAGUACAAUGGAGGGAGACCCAGGGUUGAGACGAAAUUGAAAAGUGCUAUUCAGUUGCAAGACUUGUUGGAUGCCACACGAAUGCUUGUUCCUCGUAGUAGACAAGACCGAGAAAGUGACAGUGAGGCAGAAGACGUUGAGCAUGCUGAAAAAUUACGUCAAGUUAAAGCCGUGCUCGAGGAGGGAGGUCAUUUCUCCGGGAUUUACAGGAAAGUCCAACUGAAGCCUUUAAAAUGGAUCAAAGUUCCAAAAAGUAAUGGCGAAGGAGAGGAGGAACGGCCUGUUGAGGCUUUGAUGGUUCUCAAGUACGGGGGUGUGCUUACCCAUGCUGGCAGAAAGCAGGCAGAAGAAUUGGGUAGAUAUUUCAGAAACAAUAUGUAUCCAGGGGAAGGUACAGGCCUCCUCCGCCUUCACAGUACAUAUCGUCAUGAUCUUAAAAUUUACAGCUCAGAUGAAGGCCGUGUACAGAUGUCUGCUGCCGCGUUUGCAAAAGGGCUUCUUGAUUUGGAAGGCCAGUUAACUCCAAUCCUGGUUUCCCUUGUUAGCAAGGAUUCCUCCAUGUUGGAUGGACUUGAUGAUGCUAGCAUCGAGAUGGAAGAAGCGAAGGCUAGGCUGAAUGAAAUAAUAACUUCAGGUGCUAUGCCGGCUACUAGCAAUAGCUCAUCUGAAUGCCCGUGGAUGACAGACGGGGCUGGACUUCCUUCAAAUGCAUCUGAAGUUCUCCCAAAGAUGGCAAAGUUGACUAAGAAGGUGACUGAGCAAGUAAGGUUAUUAGCCAAAGAUGAAGAUGAAGAUCUUACUGAGGCAAGUGCCUAUCAUGUAGUUCUCCCAUAUGACCAAGCGAAGGCUCUUGGUAAAACGAACAUUGAUGUUGAUCGAAUUGCUGCUGGGUUACCCUGCGGCAGUGAAGGAUUCUUGUUGAUGUAUGCUCGCUGGAGGAAACUUGAAAAGGACUUGUAUAACGAACGUAAAGAGCGUUUCGAUAUUACUCAAAUUCCUGAUGUUUAUGACUCGUGCAAAUAUGAUCUCUUGCACAAUGCUCAUCUUAAUCUAGAAGGACUCGACGAACUCUUCAAAGUUGCUCAGUUGCUUGCAGAUGGUGUGAUCCCAAAUGAGUAUGGGAUCAAUCCAAAGCAGAAACUGAAGAUUGGUUCCAAGAUUGCACGUCGGUUACUGGGUAAGAUCCUGAUUGACGUGAGGAAUACACGGGAGGAAGCCAUCAGUGUGGCUGAAUUAAAGAGUGCUCAAGAGCAGGAGUCGUCAAGUUCUAGCAAGACUGAGAAGGAGAAUUCUGAUAAUCAACCAAAGCUUUCUAUAAAAAGUGAGGACACAAGACGAACUAGCACUGCCAGUGAAAUUUCAAUGGAGCAGGAAGAUGAUGAUGACAAGGAGACAAAAUACCGAUUGGAUCCGAAAUAUGCUAAUGUGAAAACACCAGAUCGCCAUCUUCGGACGCGCCUGUACUUUACUUCAGAGUCACAUAUUCAUUCGCUUAUGAAUGUUCUCCGGUACUGUAACCUCGACGAGUCUCUUCAAGACGAAGAUAGUCUGGUCUGCGACAGUGCCUUGGAGAGAUUGCACAAUACCAAGGAGCUUGACUACAUGAGCUAUAUCGUGUUGAGGAUGUUCGAGAACACCGAGGUUGCCUUGGAAGACCCGAAAAGGUUCCGAAUAGAAAUGACAUUCAGCCGUGGUGCAGAUUUGUCCCCAUUGGAGGGAAACGACGUGGAGGCAACAUCUUUACAUCGAGAGCACACACUGCCGAUAAUGGGUCCAGAACGGCUACAAGAGGUGGGAUCAUACCUUACCUUAGAGAAGAUGGAGAAGAUGAUUCGGCCGUUCGCAAUGCCCCCAGAAGAUUUCCCCCCGCCGGCCAUUCCAGCAGGUUUCACAGGCUACUUCUCCAAAAGCGCCGCCGUGCUGGAGCGCCUCGUUAAUCUCUGGCGGUUCAACAAGCAAGAGAAGCAACACGCUGGUGCCAAUGGCAAGUAACUGAUGAGUUUUGUUACUGUUGUUACUUCUAAUUCUAAUGUGUUUCUCUUUUCGAAUUUUGUCAAUGAAAGACAUUCUUUCUGAGUUUCUGUCAGACUAUAAAUAAAUCAAGUUUUAGGCCCAUAAAUAAAUAAAAAAUCAUUCAGCUUUUAACUGGGUAGAAAAAACCCAUACCCCUAGUAAAUAAAUUUACCUUUGUAAG